CAGGGCUUCAACAUGAAACCCAAACUGGCACUUCGCGACUUUGAAUACCCCCUUACGAUCGAUGGCUCUAGAAUCGCUCGUCUUGAAGGUCGUGCCGCCCGUCCUCAUUUCGACGGCCAUGGGCUUGGCGCUGGUGAACAGCAACAACAACUCAACGGACCAUGCUCCCGCUACGACCACCAAGCCGACGACGACGACACCAAUCGGUCGCGAGUUUGCUCAGCCUCCGCCGUUGCCACCGCAGUCAUCAAAUCACCAUCAGCAUCCGUUGAUGGGAUGGAAAGGCACGCGGUAGACUGUGGGAUAGGUCCCCGCACGACGACCCAACGCACCACGUCAUCCCUCGACUGCCAAAGUGGACAGGUCGGCGCGAAUGACGAUUACAUCUAUUUAACACACUGCACAUGGUGCACUCAAUAUACACCAACGUCCUAUCACCUUCAGCAUCCCCCAAUUGGUUGCAUUGCCUUGAAUCAUACUAGUACUUACCUG